CGGCGGGCGCGGCGGGCCGCUUGUGGCGCAACGCAGGGUCGGCGCCCGCGCCCGCGCCGCCGCUCCCUCGCUACAAAUAACAGAAAUUUCGGCGCCGCCGCACAUUUACCAACAGACACCCAAUCGAUGCAAACUUCGCAAAUAAACUCUGCAUCUAAAUAGAUCACAGCCUCACGUGCGAAAAUGAAGGUGUUUCUGGCUUUAACGAUCUGUCUGGUUAUGACACAAGGGCGAGUUACGCCCGACUACUUUCCGCAAUGCAAGAAGAGUGACCCAGAAAUAAACAAGUGCAUCAUGCAGGCCAUCGAGGUGAUGCGGCCGCGCCUGCGCGAGGGCAUUCCUGAGGUGCACAUCCCAGCGCUGGAGCCGUUCGCGGUGCCCACGCUGAAGCUGGACCGCACGCAACCCAACCUGCGACUAAAGGCUGUCGUCAAGAACAUCCGCGCCGUCGGCGGCUCCAACUUCGUCGUUGAGAAGCUUAAGUUGAACCUGAACAACAAGUACGCGGCGGAGGUGCGGCUGUCGCUGCCGCACCUGGCCGUGUCGGCGGACUACGACGUGCGCGGCUCGCGCCUGCUCGUGCUCGAGAUCGACGGCAAGGGCAAGCUGCGCGGCAACUUCACUGGAAUAUCUGUGAUCGCUAAGGGUGCGGCUAAGGUGGUGGAGAAGGAAGGCGUCCGCUACCUGCAGGCCGACAAGAUCGUCACGCGCGUGAAGGUUGGACAUGGGCAGGUGGCCUUCGACGACACAGAGCGGCCUUUGGCAGCGGCUUCGGCGGCGAACUUCUUCAAUGCCAGCCCAGGCGUGGUGCUGGACAUCCUCAGCCCGCUGGUGGACGAGACGGCGGCGGCGGUCCUGAAGGCCUUCCUCAACAAGGUGCUGGCCAAGAUCCCUCUCCACGAGUUCCUGCUAGAGGACGACCAUGCGCCCUCCUCUUACGACCCGGCGGUGAGUAAGUGCAUAGAGCGCGUGGCGACGGCGGCGCGCAGCGUGCUGGCUCGCGGCGCGCCCGCGCUGGGCGUGCAGCCGCUCGAACCACUGCGCGUGCCCAGCAUCCGCCUGCGCCAGCACAACGUGCCCGCGCGCAGCUUCAAGUACGACGCCUGGCUCGCCGACGUCACGCUCCACGGACUCACCGACUACUCUUUCAACCGAUUAGAUGUUUAUCCAGAAGAGCUGAAGAUCACCACGAACAUCAGCUUGCCGCUUCUGGCCAUGUUCAGCGAGUAUGUGAUACUCGGGGAAUUCCAAAUGCUUCCAGUUGAAUCUACUGGGAAGAUGUCUGUCAAUUUCACAGCUCAGUGCACGGCGUCGAUCGAGGCGGUGGGCGCGCGCGCGCACAAGCGGCUGGUGGUGCGCGACGCGGCCGUGCGGCUGCGCUGCGCGGGCCCGCUGCACGCAGACCUCAUGGACGCGCACUCCUCCACCGGCGAGAUGGAAAUGAUAACGGAGCACAUAGCGCGCAUGCACGCCGGCGACAUCGCGGGCGAGGUGCAGCCCGCGCUGGAGACAGCGCUGGCCAUGGUGCUGGAGGACGUGGCCAACAAGUUCCUCAAGCACCUCCCUGCCGACUCCGAUCAAACUCUAGCAGGGUUCAGUAGCCCGACGCAUCAUGCAAGAGUGAAUCAAAAUGAGAUGUUUUUAGCGCAGCCAAUACGACGCAACGUAACGGGGGGUGACGUAACCGUGCCGGUGCCGGCGCGGUCGCGGCACACUUCUGCAACACGGGGCAAACAAAUAGAGCGAGUGUUGCAUGGACACGGGCCCUCUGACGCCACAGCCACACCGGGGGACAAACUUACCGAUUUUAUCAUCACGUUUCCUUUAUUAUUUAUUAGCUUGAGCGAAGAAGUCCUGAUUAAACAAACUAUUUUUAUUAAAAUGUGGAAAAUAAUAUGUCUCUUUAGUGGAGUUAGUUCAGUAUUUGCAGCAAUAGACAAAGGCUUCGUGAACUUCGGCGGGAUCGUGUGUCCUCGCGAAGAAAAGGCACUCGGGCGCUGUCUGCGUGAUGCUCUCAACGCCUACAUACCGAAAUUAGCUACAGGAGUACCGGAGUACGGCGUGCCGGCGUGCGAGCCGCUGGUGGUGGGCGCGCUGUCGGUGCAACAGGCGGCGGGCCCGCUCGCCGUCACCUCCUCCUACACUAAUGUCACCGUGCGCGGCCCGUCCACUAUGCGCGUCAAGGACGUCCAAGUAGACUCUAAACAACAUAAAAUAGUGUCAGAGUUGUACAUCCCCGAGCUGAGGGUGACGGGCAACUACAAGCUGUCGGGGCAGCUGCUGAUGCUGCCUAUCGAAGGAGAGGGACAAUUCUCCGGGAAGUACGCGGAUAUCGAUGCGGUGGUGUCGAUCGCGCUGGGACGCGCGCCGCGGCGGCGUGCGCCGGACGCGCUCACCUGCGAGAGCUUGGCCGUCAAGUUCCACAUCGGCCAUGCGGAGCUGCAGCUCGACAACCUCUUUGGUGGAGAUGGGGAGUUAGGUAACGCCAUGAACAAGUUCUUGAACGAGAACUGGCAGAAGCUGGCGGAGGAGCUGCAGGCGCCGCUGGAGGAGGCGCUGCGCGACUUCCUCAAGCCGCUGGCCGACCACGCCUUCGGCAUGCUGCGCGCCGACGACGUGCUGGCUCCCUGACACCCACACCCACACCCACCACACCACACCUUCAUUAAA